GCAAUUUCGUUUCAUAGAGCUCCAUCGCUGUUUCAUCCAGAGCCCGCCAAUAUCUCCAAAACUCCUCCGUGGUUAGGGAAAAGAGUGGUGCUAGAGAGAUGGAUGGCCGCAAUCUGCUGGGCGCUGCAGGAGCUGAUCGAGCGAGGCGGAACAAGGCCAAGAUCGUCCAGAUGGCGGUGCCCGUGCUGGCCAUGCUGCUGCUGCUGCUCACGGCGGCGGCGGCGGUCGCCAUGGCGCCCGACGGCCGUGCACGGUUCCACGCCUUGUUCUGCAGCAACCACUUCGUGAUGAUGUGCGUGCUCUCCCAGAUCAACCUGGCCUGUCUUUUCGCGAGGAAGGCCGCUCGGGCGCGGACGCUGGCCGCCCGGCGCUUCUACGCGGUGGGCGCCGUCGCGUGCUUCGUGGAGCUCGCGCUCAAGCCGUACAGGAUCCGUCUGCUGUGCCACGCGGCUGUGGAGGAUGGUGCCUAGGUGAGCUGCGCACGUCUGGAUUCGGCUGCCGAAGGAUCGAAGAUGGAUCAUUUUGGAGUCUGGGGAUGCGCUGUUUUGUUUAGUUCCGACUCUGCUACUCUUAAGUUAGAAAUUUGGAAGGGCCUGUCAUAAUGGGUUUCAGUUUCAAUUUGCCAGUAUGCAUGUCCGUACUUGGGUACAAGUUUAACUUACCAUUUUGUUGUUGUCUUGUUCCAUUGGGGUUUAGACUGCCUGUCUGAUUGUAGCAUGCAGCAGCUUUGACUGUCUGUAUGAACUUGGACAGUAUUUGAAUUUGUUUAGCAGAAGCCUUGAAGGUUGGAACCUAGUUAUGUGACCGAGAGACUCUAUUCCGUGAGCAGAAUUUCUCAUUCUAGAUGCGUUAGUAAUUUGCAGCGAGUUGUUCAAUCACUACGCUUUUUCUGUGCACCCCAAGCCAGGAGCGAUGCCAAUCUUCUGAUACUUUAAGGAGGAGUGGUAGUACCCUGUGCACACAAUUUGAAAAUAAACUGCAGUUGAUCUUGAUUCCGAAGUCCGAACGACAUGGUAAUCCUGCCUCCAUAACAAAACUGCAAGCAAUUCGAGUGCAAGAAAGGUAGCCGCAUUUGGAGGGAGGGAAACGAGAAGAGAAAAAGGAGACAGUUCAUCAUCAGAAAGCUCAAAACUGGAAAAGCUGCGUCGAUCCUGCCCACCUGCCUGCAACAGGGACAGAGCAUCUCCACGACUUGACCACCAUGACCACUCACGGGUCGCAACCACAU